AAUCCAGUUGCCAACGCGCUUUUGCUUGGAUUACCGUUUUAGUUGCUUUGCGCUUUUGCUUGGAUUUCCGUUCUAGUUGCUUUAUGCUUGUUUUUAGUACUAAUGUCUUUCAUGUUUGAUUUACAAAUAUAUGCAGGAAUGUGACUAUAAAACUUUGUUUGAUGCUCCAAUUUCAGUAACUUGAUUCAUCUUAGGAGAAGGAAAAAAGAGGAGGAUGAAGAAAGACAAAAGUGAGACGAAAAAGUCAUUUGUGCCAUUGUUGUGCACCACCAUCGCAUUUCUCUUUUUUCUGGUGUCCCCUGCUACUUCAAGUCAGGAUGUUAUAAGUGCCUCUACCAAACAGAGGCGUGAGGAAAUUGUUGCACGUCAAGGUGCAGUUGCUACUGAUGAUGGCCGAUGUUCCAAAAUCGGGAUGAAUGUUCUUCGGAUUGGAGGUCAUGCUGUUGAUGCAGCUGUGGCUGCUGCUCUUUGCUUGGGCGUUGUAAGCCCAGCAUCAAGCGGCUUAGGUGGAGGAGCGUUCAUGCUACUCAGGGAAGCUAAUGGGGAGACACAGGCAUUUGAUAUGAGAGAAACAGCUCCAAUGAAAGCUUCCCAGAAUAUGUACGCUGGAAAUGCUACCCUAAAGGCAAUGGGUGCCCUCUCUGUAGCUGUGCCAGGGGAACUUGCAGGCCUUCACAAAGCUUGGAAAGAACAUGGUAGGCUUCCAUGGGAACGGCUAGUGAAACCAGCUGAGGUUCUUGCCCAGAAAGGGUUCAAAAUUUCACCAUAUCUCCACAUGCAGAUGGAAAGUUCAAAAUCAGCAAUCUUGGCAGAUAAGGGGCUCCAUGACAUCUUCACAUCAAAUGGGGAGCUUUUGCAAAUAGGUGACAUCUGUUACAAUAAGAAACUAGCAAAAACACUUCGAAAGAUUUCAAAAUACGGUGUGGAUGCUUUCUAUAAUGGAUCGAUCGGAUUUAAAUUGGUAAGAGAUAUUCAGAAAGCUGGAGGGAUACUGACAUUAAAUGAUCUGAAGAAGUAUGAAGUUAAAACGAGGGAACCAAUCUCAGUUAAUAUUCUAGGCCUUAAAAUUCUUGGCAUGCCACCUCCUUCAUCGGGAGGUGUUUCAAUGAUGCUUAUAUUGAACAUUCUUGCUCAAUAUGCAGUCCCUUCUGGCCUUUCAGGAUCACUUGGAAUCCAUAGACUAAUUGAAGCCUUGAAACAUGCAUUUGCCGUGAGGAUGAAUUUAGGUGAUCCUGAAUUUGUUGAUGUUUCUAAAGUUGUAGCCGAUAUGCUUUCUCCCAAGUUUGCACAGGAGUUGAAGAAAACCAUUUUUGACAACAUGACUUUUGGCCCCAGUCACUAUGGUGGAAGGUGGAAUCAAAUUGAUGAUCAUGGCACCAGCCAUGUAUCCAUUGUGGAUAGUGAGCGAAAUGCUGUAUCAAUGACUAAUACAGUGAAUGGAUACUUUGGUUCAAAAAUACUGUCACCAAGUACAGGAAUAGUCCUCAAUAAUGAAAUGGAUGACUUCUCCAUGCCCAGCAACAGCUCCGGAAAUGCUCCUCCCCCAGCACCGCCCAAUUUCGUCCGCCCUGGAAAAAGGCCCUUAUCUUCUAUGACACCUAUAAUUGUAUUGAAGGAUGAGAAGCUGAUAGGAGUGGUUGGUGCAAGUGGAGGAGCUAAUAUCAUUGCUGGGACUACAGAGGUUUUCUUGAAUCAUUUUGCUCGGGGGAUGGAUCCACUCUCGUCUGUCAUGGCUCCGAGGAUCUACCAUCAGCUGAUACCCAACGUGGUGAAAUAUGAGAACUGGACAUCUGUCACUGGAGACCAUUUUGAAGUUCCUGCUACAAUCAGAAGAGACCUUCAAAAGAAGGGCCAUGUCCUGCAAGGCCUAGCCGGUGGGACUAUUAGCCAAUUUAUAGUUCAUAAAUUAGAUGCUUUGAAGGGAAAUGGAAGCACUGGAAAACUUGUGGCAGUUAGUGACCCAAGAAAAGGAGGGUUCCCUGCCGGUUUCUGAUGAGCCAUUCUGUGGGAGUUGGGACGGUUGGAGAGGCAGAUCUUUGCUCUCUUCUAGUAGUAUCAUUUUCUCUCUUGCUUGAAGAAUCAAAUUACCUAUUUGAUUAAAUGGUGGCAAUUGAAUAUUGGAUUUUUUUAUAAAAAAUGAAGUUCAUUAAUGCUAAGCUGAUUACAUUCAGAAAAGACAGUGGACUGAAAAAUGAUAAUUUUUUAAAUAAAUUCUUGAGAUAAAGACAGUUAUU